AUGAGGAAGCUACCGCUGGUUGCAGGUGGAGAACAAGCAAGAAGCUUGCAGUCAGAGAUGGAGACUAUUGGCGAGUCAGAAAUGCCCAGUGUUUUGAACCAGUUAUUGCCAAUGAUAAAGUCUUCCAGUGAGAGGACGAAAGAUGAUUAUACCUGUGAGGACUUCCUGGUCUUGCUGAUAUACAUGUAUUCUGUGGUUGGAGAAAUCAAAAGUGGAAAAGAGCUGGACGCAGCUGAAGAAGAGGUGAAAAAGGCUCUAGUUAAGGCCGUUUGUGAUGAGCCAGAGCCAUCUCCUUUGUUGCAGAAAAUAACAGGCUGUGACUCGUCACUGAACCUGACAUCUCAGAGAGCCAUAGAUGCAGUGGACAGUAUCUUUCGGUCCCUCAGGGAUAUUGCAAGAGCUCGAAUGCACAUGAAACAGUUUAAUUCCAUACAUAAUGCAGGCAGCAACACCCACCAGGCUUCUUACAAAUCGCUGCUGAAACAGGUAGUGGAAGAGAUCUGUAAUCCUGAUCGACCUGAUCCUGUUGAUAUUGAGCACAUGUCAUCAGGCCUUACCGAUCUCCUUAAAACUGGAUUCAGCAUGUUCAUGAAGGUGAAUCGCCCUCACCCCGGUGAUCAUCCUCUUCUGAUCAUCUUUAUGGUUGGCGGAGUGACAGUCUCAGAGGUCAAAAUGGUGAAGGACCUGGUAGCAACACGCAAACCUGGUACCCAGGUAAUAGUGCUGUCCUCUGCACUCCUGACACCACAUCGUGCUAUGGAGUUGUUGUUUGCCACAGACCGACUCCAGCCUGACACCGAUAUCUGA